UGCCCAACACCCCAUCCGGCUCCGCGGACGCCGGCCGGCUAACAGUGGAGCGGUGCCAGCGGCCAGAUAACUUGCCAUGGGGCAGGACCCUCAGCUUCAGCUACUCGGACUGGGUCUGCUGUUGAUGGCCCAGGGACCCCUGAGAGCCGGGACCCAGGAUGUCAGCCUGCAAUCGCUCCCCGAGGUGCUCGGCUACCAGGGCGCCAACGUCACUCUGCCGUGUAGGCUGCUGCUGCCCCAGGGCCACGGGCAAGUGACGCAGGUGCAGUGGCAGCUCCUGGGGGACACCCCCACCAACGUGGCCAUCAUGCUGUCUACCGGGGAAACACACUUUUCGAACCCCAAGAGGAUGGCAUUCCACAUCUCAGGGACGGCAACUGGACUGCUGGACGGGUCUCUGGUCCUACGGGAGCUCAGCUCCAAAGACGAGGGCAGCUACACCUGUGAAUUCGUCUUGUUCCCACAGGGCAGCCUGAAGGACCGCGUCCGGCUCCGAGUGCUGGCCCAGCCCCAGGUUCAGGCAUUGGCCCUGCCAGUAGACAUCCCGCUCAGCCCUGCGCCUGUGCCCCUGGCCCUCUGUGUCACCAUUGGGGGCCGUCCACCUAGCAACGUUUCCUGGUCCCUGCCCUGGGACAGGAAUAUCAGCCAGAAGGCCCAGACGAGCCAGGGGCCUGGGCCCCUGCCUGGCACAGACAAUGUCAACAGCUCCUUGAUGUUGAUGCCCCAGAGUUGGAUGGAUGGCAAGAAUGUUACAUGUCGAGUGGAGCAUGAGAGCUUCAAGGAACCCCGAGAGCUCCCGGUGAUGCUGAACAUCCGUUCCUCAGCACCACACAGCCAUGACAAUCUAGGGAGGAGUCCUACUCAGGUUGCCAGGAGCCAACAGUGGGGUGCUAAACAUGGGUGCCAGAGAAAGAGGGCUCUACUCCCAGAUGCCUGGGAAGUUCCUGGGAAGAGUGAGUGUUCAGUCCCCUGUCACUCCAGGUUCCCAGGAGAGGUCACCUUCCCCCUGCUCUGUCUCCCCAGGACCACGGGCCCCCUGCCUCCCUCAGCUGUGGACCAGGGUCACCGGCUCCUGAUCCGGACUGUGGACGAGUCGGUCAACACAACUUUUAUCUGCAGUGUCACCAACACGUUAGGGACUCGCUGGGCAGAGAAGACCAUUCAAGUCAAAGGCAAAUCUGGGGAGCAGUCCACUUCAUUCAACCUGCAUUGGCUCAUCAUCAGCAUCAGCAUCAGCAUCAGCAUCCUGGUGAUAUUAGUGAUAGCGUUCCUGCUGGUUUACAAAAUCAGGUGCAGAUGUAUGAAUCGCAACAGGGCCGCUGCGAACAGAGGAGGUGCCAAUGGGUCAAAUGCAGACCCCUCGCUCCGCCUAAACCCUGUUUCUGGAGAGGCCGGGAGAAGAGAGAUGCUGGCGGAUGAACGAAGAGAGAGACUGGAGCUGCCAGGGCCCAGCCCCCACUCCCCGGGGAAACACUGCCUUCAAAGACAGUAGCCAGGCCGCCGGAAUGUCCCCUCUCCUUUGCAGGCUUGGGGCUCUCCAAAGCCUACCCGCAGUGCAAUUCCAUGGGGAGACCAGAGAGCUCAGUAAAGCUAACAGCUCAGGGACAGCACAGGGGCUUGAAGAGGUCCUAGCUCCACCUUCCAGUGCCCCCCGAUGGCAUGUGUGUCCAUCAGAACCCUCUCCCCAAGUCCCUUACUACUACACUGGGCUGCAUCGACUGGGCGGGGCAUCCCACUAUAGGCCCAAGACACCACCCCACCCCCACCGCUACCACCACCCCACCCCACCCCACCCAUCCCACUAAACAAAUCCCACCCAAUAGUAUGUUCCUCCUCCAGAGAGGCCCCCAUUCAAGAGAACGUACGAAGUUCUAGGCACUGAGUCUCCCGGGAAGGACUCCUGGGUAGCAUGGUCGUUAAAAAGCCAUGCCAGCGACCAGUCGGUUGGUGGUUCAAACCCAGCAGGCACACUGUGAGAGCACGCCGUAGCAGUCGACUUCAGGAAGCAUUAAAACUCAGUCUGAGCUGGUCGCCCAAAGGUUGGCCAGUUCGAGCCCAGCCAGAGGGAUCUCAGAACAAGGCCCAGAGAUCACUAGCCAUGUUCUGGAGCCAUGUUCCUCUGUGACAAUCCACGGGUCUCCUUGAAUUGUUUCUGUGUGUGUGUGUGUGUGUGUGAACUUUAUAUCGAGUUCCUUAUUUUUGUUAUAAUUUAAAUCAUUUUAAUGUACAGUCUGGGAAACCCUGUGUGUGUUUGGAGUGGGGGGUGUGCGUGUGCGGUCCCCUCCCCCCCAUCUUACCGUGGCUAUGGAGCCCUGCUCAGCCUGCUCACUCACCAGGUUGUGUGCACUGUGUCCGUGUCCCCUUGUUCCUUCUCUCGACAUACCUCCCAGUGUCUCCGUGAGACGGGAGCCUGACGAUCCAAGCUGCCCGUCACCACCGAGCCAAAGAGCGGAGAUGGGUUGAAGCAUUUCACCAGUGCUCUGGGCUGCGACCUCACCAGGGCAGCGGUUGGAAACCACCAGCUGCUCCACCAUAGAAAGACGAGGCUCUCCACUCCCAGAAGAAGUGACAGUCUGGAAACCUCACCAGGGCCGUUGUGCCCUGUCCUGUCGGUUGGCUACGGGUUGGGGAUUGACUCCGUGGCAAUGAGUUUGGUUUUAUUUUGAUGCCAGCCAGCUGAGAAAGUGGUUGACAGAGACCCUGAGAAACCACCUUUCACAACUCAUCUCAAGCCAACGGGUCUCAUGGGCUAGAGGAGGGAAAACUAAAACCGAACCCACUGGCAUCCAGUCAAUUCCGACUCCUAGCAGCCUUAGGGGAUAGAACAGCCCCUAUGGGUUUCCAAGACCCAUAGGAACCCUGUAGGACAAGAUCGAACGGCCCCUGUGUGGUUCGGAGACUGUAACUCUUUACGGGAAGAGAGAGCCUUGUGGUUCGUGGUUUUCAAACUGCUGACCUUGGGGUUAGCAGCCAAACACAUAACCAUCACAUCACUAAAGGGGGUGAAAAGGACACCGGACUGAGGCCAUCUGUGUAGGGACUAAGUUGAGCUGCCCCCUACCCCACUACAUGCACA